AGCCUGCAGGGCCGCUCCUCUGCCGGCGCACAGCGGGGCGCACAGCGGGGCGCACUGGCCCUUUAAGAAGGAUAAAGACAACAGCAGCUUCGCACGAGCCGAGCGCAUCGAUGCCGCGCGCUACAUUUCAGCAGUAUUUAGCUCCGGUGCUGCAGAGAUAAUUCAACCUCACCGUGCUUUACAAAGGCCAAUUCAUGUGCAGUGUACGUACGCGUCUCUGGCAGGAGGAGAAAUGUGACGGUGUGUCCAGCAGCCGGUUUGCUCUCUGGUGCGUUAUUGAUUCGAGCAGAGAAUCCUGAGCUGCAGCACUAAUUUUGGCAGUCAGGAUCUUCCACAGAGCCCUUUCUCAGGGAGGGGAAGGCUGCUGGUUUUCAACUUCCUACCUUUGUUGUUUCAGGACGUCCUGUACAUCAGCCAGGCAGUGCCCCCUCCAUCGUACCCCAAAGAGCUCCACCUAAACAAGUAGUAAUGGAAGACAAACGCAAGAAGCGGAGCCCCAAGGUGUCUCUUCCGCAGCCCCCUCCUCCCCCCAUCAACCCCCGCAAACUCACCGUCCUGCCCGCCAGCAAAAGUGCCACCUUCUCUCUCGGCCUGCCGCAGCCACCUUCCCCCAAGAACAGAGGCAAGUUUAAGAGGUCCAUAGGAGCACCAGGUCAGCCCAAAGAGGUCUUCACAGCCGUCGUAGCUCCACCAAAGACCACCAGGCCUCAUAAGGAGAAGCCCCGGGCUCCACAGCCAGCAGGGCCCAGCAAAGUAGUCCAGGCUUCCCCCCUGCAGCACUCCUUUCUCACAGAUGUCUCAGAUGUGAGAGAGAUGGAGGGAGGCCUCCUCAACCUCCUCAAUGACUUCCACUCAGGCAAACUACAGGCUUUUGGUAAGGUGUGCUCCUUUGAGCAGCUGGAGCAUGUGCGCGAGAUGCAGGAGAAGCUAGCCCGACUGCACUUCAGCCUCGACAGCCACGUAGAGGAGCUUUCAGAGGACCAGAGGAAGUGUGCUUCUGACCACAACCUGGAGCACCUGCUCUGUAAUCUGGAGGAACUCAGCACCUCAAUACAAAAGCUCCACUUGGCUGAGAACCAGGACCUGCCCAAGACAUCUGGUCCCUGACAAAGUGAGGUGCAGAGGACGGCAACCACACACUCAUCUUCUCCCAACAUCUAGCCAUCCAGGUUGCCAUGGCAUUGAUCCAGCUGCCUUAGUAACAGAAUGGAAAGAUCCACAGGAGGAGGGGCUAUUUUUUUUUCCAUUUGGUCAGUGAAGCCGAGGGAACAAUACAGUGACGCAAAGCAGCAGAGCAUUAAAUGGCCACUAAACCAAAAUCAUAAACCUCGCAUUCAUGGCACAAGAAAUGAUCCGAGGGUUUGCUGAACAGUUGUGUUAGAAGGAACAUGUUAGAAAGUCUUCAGCAUGUUCUUGGCAUCGACUGACUUGGCUCCAGUUAUUUGUUACAUCAUUUGCUAACAAAUAAUUGAAUCCAGGUGUAGUCUUUGGUUCUCUAUUUGUGUUUUUCUUUCCAUCACAAGAAGCACAUUUCCAUGACAGUUUCAGAAUUUGUAUCAUUUCAUAUUACACCGUGUCUUUGUUGUAAUUUCAGAAGGUAUUUGUCUCUGUUAGUGAAGGUAAAGAAAUGUGAGCCAUACUUAAGUAGCAAACAUAUUUGGCCCUUGUCGACAACACCACUGUGGUUAGCUCAGAACUUUAAAGGGAGUUUUCACUUUUGCUAUUAUUCUAAAUACGCUCCCUCAUUUUUAUAGUUUUAUAGUUUAAGUUUGAUACUGGAAACGGACUGGAUUUAAUACAAGCAGGGUCAACCUUUGUUAUAACUGUGCAUUUUAAAGGGACUAUGUGAAGAGUUGUAUAUUUGAUUCAUUUACAUACCAUAUAUAAAUUGAUGUUUUGCCAAUGUGCAGUCCAGCUACUGUAUCUGUUGACACUGAUGGUUUAAUAUAACUUGAGUUGGAGAAUUUUGUCAGUGCUUUUUCGGGAUUGCCUUUAGGCUUUGUUUUUUGUGAAUGAGUAGCAGCAUCCCUCCAAGCACAAGCUCAUCCACACUGCUACUGAAAUGCUGUGAAAUCAUCUACUGUAUCAUGUAGGUCACAGGAACUCUGUCCAGUCUGACAUUCACCUGUCGCUCAUGACAGUGUUGGACAGCACAUCCAGUACUGCAGCUAGCAAACAUCUCUGUUCAGUACAAUUUCAAAAUGGCAGCUACUUUCAUAGUUAAAAGGUUUGUGGGGUGAGAUUAUGAUUUGCGUUGUAUUUAAUUAAAAACUUGGCAGCAAUGCGGCUUGGCCAUAAUAUUUAAUCCCCCACAGGUCAAUUAAAGUGAUAUUCAAGAUCAAUCUGGAACAUUAAAGCAUGUUAAAGCAUUGAUGCAUUAAAAAUGUAACACAAGUCUUUUUUACUGCUUGCUAAGCCUACCUCUUUUAUAAGGCCUUAGCCUGAAUUGCCUCAACAGUGAUGAAAACAUGUCUCAUUCUUGGUACCCCGACAAUGAUUCUUCACAGUGGGGCUGCAACUAAUGAUUAUAUGUUAGACCAUAAGACAUCAGAAAAUGUCCAUCCCAGUUUCCCAGAGUUUAAGGUGAUGUAUUCAGAUGUCUUGCCAUGUCUGACCAACCCAAAGAUGCUUAGUUUACAGUGAUCCAAAAAGAAAAACUAAUUGAUUGUCCAAAUUGUUGAUUAAUCUGUUGAUUGACUAAUAGUUGCAGCUCUACGUCACAGUCAGCUUUUUCUGUUAUUUUACAUAUUAAGAGUAAAUUCACCAGGAGACUGGAUACCAUUGCAUAUGAAUUGGUCAACACAACAAAACACUUGGGAAGAAUCUCAUGUUUAUGCAGUAACUGUACCCAUCAAUAAAGCUAAAGUAGGUAUCUUAAAAAGCAUAAUGUGUGUUUC